AAACAGGGGGGAAAGUCCACAAACUAAGGGGUUUCUGUAUGGUUUAGGUAUAUUAUUGUUUGUUUCCUAAUUCGAGUCGAGACUUUUUUAUUGAUUUAGGUAUCUUGAGGGAGCUGAAUGCAGUUGUCAUAAGAGUACAAGGAUAAUAUACUACCACUCAAAUGUGGCAUCUGCACAAAUUAUACUUAUAUCCUGGUUGGUAAUGUGAAAACUUGGCUGAAUUUUUGGGUUCUCGCUUCUGCAUGUCACGGUCGCUCAGUCCUGGGCGAAUGAAUAUGUCUAUCUAUAUACGUACAAGGUGCACCUUAGAUGCACCCAGGCGCAACACAACCCGGGCUUCAAGGCUUGCAUCCAACAAAGCGGAACACCACUGUAAUCGCCCGGGCUGUAUUAUUAUUUGGAUAAAACACCAGGAGUUUGCAGGACCUGCAGGAUCGAAUGAGCAUAGUCCACCGUCCGGCAAUAUUUCUUACCAUAUUCUCUGGACUUCGCAACUCAAGCCUGCUCUUGUACCCUGGCGAUACUCCAAGAUUCUGGGGGGUACCGCGAGUGGCAAGUUCAGCAUUGGGGGGGUGUCAAUACAUCAUGCAUGUAAGCAUAACCACAGCGCAUCCCGCAUUACCCCUAUUGUUCGGUGCUCUGUCCCCCUUUCCCUUCUGCUUUUCUUUAUUUCAGGGCACAUAACUGGAAAGGGGAAAAGCCGAGAAGUUCGAGGCUUGCGGACACUGCGGUAUAUGUCGGAUGUUCGGCAUUCACGUCGAUGAUAAUCAAGUUGCGAUGGGACAACCAUGAACUCCAGAGAAUGAUGUUCCCACUCGAUACGGUGGGAGAAAUGGGGAGAACGGAGGAGAUCACAAACAAAUCCAUAAGAGCCUACUCCGUAUGCUUCUUGCAAAUCAAACUAACUAGCGCGGGUUCCAGCUGGUGUGGUCCGAGCUGAUGUGCAGGGAUAUAAAUUCCUUUGCCAC